UGCGGCCUUGCGCGGUGGCUGGCGGCGGCCUCGUGCCUGGCGGGCAGGCCAUGGCCAAGAGCCUCAGGAGCAAAUGGAGGAGGAAGAUGAGGGCGGAGAAGAGGAAGAAGAACGCGCCCAAGGAGCUGGAGAGGCUGAAGAAGAUCCUGGGAGCCAACGCGGACGUUGUCAUGGAGGAGGUCAAGGAGGUGGCGACCGUGCUGCCCCCCGAGAAAGUCCUGGAGCAGAGGGAUGACUGCAAAAUGGACCUGGAUAAUAAACGGAACAAAAAAACUCUUCUAGACCAGCAUGGGCAGUACCCGAUAUGGAUGAAUUCCAGGCAAAGAAAGAAGCUUAAGGCACAACGUGUAAAAGGGAAAAAAAAAUCAAAAUUGGCCAAAGGCCUUGUCUGGUAAAAUCAGUUUUGUAAGAUCAUGAAUAUUUUACUUAAUAAAUUUCCCACAUAUUUUGUGCUUGGUCACUGAGUAUAAUUUAUUGUGUCAAAUGGAAUGUGAAGAGACUCUUAGGCCAGCAAAUGAUGAAACAAGUAUCAGCUUGGUGUCUCCUGUACUUAAAAAGCAAGAUGAGUGCCUUUGAGUAGACUAAUUGUCUGUCAAUAUCUAUUUUCUUAAGGGGGGAGGGUCUUCAUCUUUUAUAUUGUGAACACCGAAAACACUAAAGGAAAUCCUGAAAAUAA